AUGUCUCUGCAGUUUAUCGACACCGUUAUCUCCGUCCUCCUCUUCUUCUUCCACGCUCUUCUCUCUCCCUUCACCUUCGCCUCCCGUUGUUUCUCUUUCGUCUCUUCCCCCGUCUCUUACAUCUUCUCCAAACUCUCCUCUAUCGCCAAGCGCACAUUCUUGUCUAUCAAAUCCUCGUUGGUUUAUUGCAGGUCUUAUUGCACGUCUUGGCUCAUCAUACCCUGCUUGUUCAUCGCGGCAGGUGCCUCGUACGUUGCCAGGAUCUUCGUCGCCGCCAGCUCUUCCACGAUUUUUUACUCGGCAGUGGAAGGCUUCCGUUCGGUUCUGGGCCUCCAGCGUAAGAUGGAGCCAAAAGCAGACAGGCUGCUUCAAACCCUUCGAGAUCAGAAUGCAUCUAUGGAUGCUAAAGUAGAAAAUCUACUGGCUAUCAAAGCCGACAUCAAACAGAACAAUGUCCCCGAGGAUGCAUUGCCGUCAUUAUUCGACGCGAUCAAACUUGGAAUCAGUUCUAAUUACACCCGGUACUGCGGAGCCGCCUUCUCGACACUCGGCAAUCUCGUGAAGCGACUCUCCAGCCAGGAGCAACAGCGUCUCAUCGCUACUUUUGCCCGCGUCUUGUAUCCCGUCCUGCUCGAUCGCCUCGGUGAUCAGAAAGAGCGUAUUCGAACCCAUGCGUUCCACGCAUUUGUCGACUUUUGGCCCGCCUCACAACGGGAAGUCGAAGAAGCAGUUCUCGGCACUGCCCUGACGGGAAAGAACCCGCGUGCAAGGCAAACGGCCAUUUCAUGGCUCUUGCAUAUGACAAAAAACCACGGACUCGCGUUCCGAGAUUAUGUUCCGGACGUGAUCCGUUGCCUUCAAAACGCCGAUGUCUCCGUGCGCGACACGGCAAAAAAUACGCUCGUCGAACUUUUCAUGGAUGAAAACGACGAAUCCAAAACCUUUCUCAAGGUCGAGCUAAAUAACCCCGCCAACAAGCCUGCCAGACAGGCCAUCCGCGACUGGAUUCUGGAGCAAAUUGGCCCCUUCGAGGAGGUUCCCGCAAGUUAUGGUAUGCAGCAAAUCUACAUGAUGCGGGAGAGAGCUAUGAGCAGGCAUGAGGAAAAGUGUAAAUCCGACGAAAAGCAUCUUGCCUUUCAUGAGAGACGACUUGCACGCAAGGAGUUUCAGUUUGACGCUGACAAGGCGUUCAAUGUCGAUGCGCUCAGACGCAGGCUGCAUCUGGACGAGAGCUCAAAUACCGAUCAUUUCAUUGCACCCCGGCGUCAGGAACCUCCGCGCUCAAAGACACCGCUCGCCGAAAAUGCGCUGCAGCUUCAGCGGUCCGCUCAUACCAUUCCCACCUGGGAUGAAGCUGACGUUGCCCCGCUCAUCAUCAGGUCGUCUCGACAGUUGGAGGACAUUUUCACUACGAUGAUCCCCGAUUUCGACGGUCGCGAGACGGAGAAGAACUGGGAUAAGCGCGAGAAGCAUGUGAUCAUUCUUCGACAGGUUGUCAUCGGUAAUGCGCCGAGGGAUUAUUCUCAAGUCUUUUAUCCGGGUAUCAAAGCGCAGCUUGACAACGUAUUCAAGGCCGUGUUAUCACUCCGCACCACUUUGUCCUCGCAUGGAUGCUACUUCGUUAUCGAUAUGGCCCGCUGGCUUGGACCCGGCAUUGACGGAAUGGUCGAGAUUAUCGUCCAGAAUUUGUUCAAGGUCUGUGUUCUCUCCAAGAAGAUCACAGCCCAAAAUGGGAACAAGGCGAUGAUCGCCGUCAUUGCCAACGUGUCCUACAACCCCCGUCUUCUGAGCCACGUUCAGAGUGCGACCACCGAUAAGAGCGUGCAGCUCCGUCUUUUCGCCGCAGAAUGGCUUCGGACUAUCAUUAAUCGACACACAUCAAUCAAGGCCGCCAUAGAACAUGGCAAUGGCUUGAACCUAAUUACCACAUGCAUCAAGAAGGGUCUAGCCGACGCGAAUCCAAACGUGAGGGAGGAGAUGCGACAUACUUACUGGGAUUUCUACGUGGCCUGGCCCACUAAAGCGAAUACAAUUGCGUCUGAUUUGGACAUGAAAUCGAGGCUUCUUUUGGAUAAGAACCCACACAAACCCAAGGAGCAGCAACCGGGCAUAUCGCCAGCAGAAGAGAGCUCAGCUCCGGCGCCACCCGAAAAAAGCCGCUCCGCGCUCAAGUCCGCGAUUGCGGCCCAAAGACGGGCUCAUCAUCUUAAAGCCAAGGCCGUUGAAGAGACCCCUGCCGUCGCAGGUCCUUCGACACUCCAUUCGGCGCCCAUGAGGCCAAGGUUUCGACGCCCCGAGGGGGAUCGUCCCGCUAGUGCGGAGCUGCACGCGCCUCCGGCUGCACCAUUGACGCCAUUUGAUCGUGAUGUCGAUCAGCGGUCACCGAGUGACGAUUGGAAAGGCCUCGCCAAAUUCGAGCCGAAGAAACCCAGACUUGUGGGCGGGCGUUUCACGUCGAGAGCAAAACCUGUUGUUGUCGGUCAGGACAGUUUAGGAGAGGUUACAAAGGCCGUUGUUGCGGGUAGACAAGACGGCAUUGAUGACACCGACGCCACCGUCCAGAGACCUAUCGAGAGCAUGUCAGAAGUCCACAUUGACGACUCCUAUAUUACAGCCCAGGGACCUGCUGAGAGCAUAUCAGGAGUCCGCGUUGAUGACAGCCAUGUAACGGCCCAGGGACCUACUGAAAGCAUGUCAGAAGUCCACAUUGACGACAGCUAUAUAACGGCCCAGGGACCUGCUCAGAGCACGUCAGGAGUCCACGCUGACGACGGCCACCUAACAGCCCAGGGACCUACUAAAAGCAUGCCAGAAGUCCACGUUGACGACGGCCACCUAACAGCCCAGGGACCUACUAAAAGCAUGCCAGAAGUCCACGUUGACGACAGCUAUAUAACGGCCCAGGGACCUGCUGAGAUCAUGUCAGAGAAGCAACGAGGCAAGUUGCCCAUGCGUGAGGUCGGCCAAAGAACAACAUCUACGUGUUUGGAGAACAUGGUCGUCUUUGAUCCAUUGCGCAUUGUUAAUCUUUCAAAAGAACCGGAUUUUCGUCGGCCCACAUCGCCAGCAGACUCGGGUCGCAUCUUGUGUAUGUCGCAAUCCGGUGAAAUAUAUGACAAGAAGCAAUCUGCGCGAGGACCAUCUACACCAGCCCACUUUCCGCCUACUGAUCCGCAUCUGGCUUACCUGCUGGCAAGCAGUCCGAGUGAGCCGCCGAGCGACGCGGAUUGGAACUUCGAUGAUUCUCUACUCUCGGAGAAUUUCUUGUGGAAAGAUUUCAAUGGGGAGUCGUCUUCUCCACGCGAAGUUCACGGAAUCAUUGAUUCAAGGGUGGCAGAUGAAGAUAUUAGUUGGGUAGAAGAGAUUCGCGGGGAGCGAAAAAAGGAUUCGCCACAGGCAAUGGAUUCAGCGCAAAUGGGCCAAGCGCAAACGGUGCAUGAAGUCCCUCAGGCGUCACUCAUAGUCGACCCCGAUCCACGUUCGACGCAAGAAUUACCCCUGAUGCAAAAGCAGCGUUGGCCAGUAGGACCCCGUUGCGAGCCAGCCCACGAGCCUACUCCGGAGGAAGAUUUACAGUUUGCAGGGGCAUUGUUGGAACGUUCCGAGGAAAGGUCGAACCGGCGUGCCCCAGUAAGUUCCUCCCCCGCAUCCCAAGACCCCAACAGGUCGCAGCAAUUGCUCGAUAGGGGCAUCCAACUAAUCCGUAGCAACAGGAUGGAUCCUCAUGGAUUCAGACGGCUGCGGAGAGUCCUGGAGUCCAGCGACGAAACAGGAAUAUCACAAGAGCAGCAGCACGAGCUCGUGUUGGCUCUGUUGAACACUUUGGAGCGCGGUCAUCCAACCGUCAAAGGCGCCCCAGACACCGCCCUACUCCCCGUUCUUGACGUACUCGAACAUACGAUCAAAGGAAGAGAGGGCGAGAAAAAGCGUUUCACUUCGAAAUUAUAUUAUCUUACAACCAUAUCCUUCCUGGAGACGAGAGGACGUUAUGAUGCGUCGUGUUAUUUUGCUGUCAGGCUCGAUGAGGUUGCAACACGAAUCGUCCAUGCCGAGUUGGACGAGGGUACGUACAACUCUCUUGAAGCUAUUCUGGACACGAUUGCGAAUGAGAAAAAUCAAAAAAACGAAAAAGAAAAAACUCAAAAAAAUAACAAUAUUAUGAUUAUGGGCCUAUCACUGUUGGUGGUAGCUCUCCGCCAUCAGAAUGCGUCUGGCUUGAGUCUUGCGGAGGACAUCGUGUUGAGGAUUGGAUCGCUUGUUUCUGAGCAGCUAGAAGGGGUGCAUGCCGAGGUACGCCGUUUAGUUGUGCAAGUCUGCGUCCAUCUACAUGCUAUGGUGAAGGAGGAUAGGUUUUGGGAGUUGUUGGGGACCACUUCUACGGGGUCCCGCAACCUUUUGACGUAUUACCUGGCAAGAGGCUGA